CAAGCCACCGACUCUCUUCCUCCUUGAAAACCUGGUGAGAUCUUGAUGAAAUUUCUCCUUCUUUCUUGCUUAAUCACAAGAUUUGGGGCUUAGAAUUCUCUCUCUCUACCCAAAAAUCCCGGAUCUGCUCUGUUCUUCUCCCUUGUCCGUCGGGUUUUGCUGGGUUUGAAUCCUUCGGUUUUUCUGCCGUGAGUUCCCCUGCAGAAUUUCUUCUUCUCUGCCGCCGGCUUCUCCCCCCCUGCUAGGCUCGAUUUUUGGCUGCUAAAUUUUGGUUCUCGAUCGUUCUGUCAGUUAGCACUGAGAUUGAGUGCUCGGUUUUAUGCGAGUGAGGUAAGUAAAUUAUGGUAAAGCCCUUCGAUUUUAAAGCACGUUUUAAAUUGUUUUUGAGAUGGUGGCAAGGUUUAAAUUGAUUUUAAAUUAAUUUUAUCAGCAUCUGAGUGUGAUUAAAUUGAAAUGAAAAGUUGGAUGAUUUUCAUGAGAGUUUCCUUGUUUUUCUGAAAUUGAGCAUGAUUGAAAUGAAAAUGAGGAUUUUAUUGAUUUUCUGGAAAUGAGAAUGAUUGAGAAAUGAAAAUGACAAUUUCAUUGUUUUCUGGAAUAGAGCAUGCCUAUUUGGGAAUUGACUAAACUGCUUUGAUGAACUGAGAAUUUUGUAAAUGUUGAGUUUUCUGUUAAAUCCAUGCCUGCAUGGAACUUUUUCGGUUUGUUCUGAAAUUCGGGAUUGAUUAUGAAAUUCAGGUUUUUGUAAAUCCUGCAUGGUUUUGUCUCGGAUAUAGUUAUGAUUAUUGAUGAUCCUGCUAGUGGGGGUUAAACGCUAGCAC